CUAUAAAUGCUUCCUCAUUCACAGACGCGGACAUAAUUUAAAACCUGCCUCUUUCAUAAGUGCUUCUUAAGAGGCCUCCGCUGGCUCUGGGCACUGCGUGGGAGGCUGGAGGAGGUGGUGAUUGAGGACGAGGCGGCAUUGAGGAUGCUCAGAGGUUCAAAAUCCUGCUGCCAGAGGAUCCAUGGCAUAAAGCCCGUCCUCACAUUCAGCUGGAUCCUUGGGAGAGCUGCUGAGGAGCUCACUACUCUGACGCCCCGCUGCCAUUUUCCACAGCUUGAGGGGAACCAGGAAGCAGCCGGCAGGAGCCAUGCCUGCCCUGGCCACCGGAGCCGGCCAUGAGCCAGGUCUGUAUGAGCUGCUGGCGGCUCUGCCCUCCCAGCUGCAGCCCCAUGUCAGCCGCCCUGAGGACAACACCUUCCUCCAGGACAUGUUUGGGGAGAGAAGCCUCCACUCACUGGUCAAGAUCCAUGAACGGCUGCAGCACUAUGAAGAGAGUAAACCCGUCCCCGUGUUGGACAACACAGCAGCGCUGGCUCAUGAAUUGUCCGAGGAGCUACAUGGGAAAUCAGCCAACGCAGAAAUCAAAGAGCUGCUCAAAAUACUGGACAAAGCCCACGUGAAGAGCCUUCUGUCGGUCCACGACACAGUUGCCCAGAAGAGUUACGACCCUGAACUACCUCCACUGCCCGAAGACAUCGACGACGAUGAGGAUUCAGUGAAGAUCAUACGACUGGUUAAAAACAAGGAGCCUCUCGGAGCAACGAUAAGGCGCGACGAACACACAGGAGCUAUCCUCGUGGCCCGGAUCAUGAGAGGAGGGGCAGCGGACAGAAGUGGACUGAUCCAUGUUGGGGAUGAACUGAAAGAGGUUAAUGGAAUCCCUGUGGAUGACAAGAAACCAGAGGAAAUCAUUCGUAUUCUGGCACAGUCGCAAGGGGCCAUUACCUUUAAAGUUGUUCCCGGCAUCAAGGAGGAGACGGAAACCAAGGAGCCAAAGAUGUUUGUGAGGGCACUCUUUGACUACGACCCAAAAGACGACAAAGCCAUCCCGUGUAAGGAGGCUGGACUGGGCUUCAAGAAGGGCUCCAUCCUUCAGAUCAUGAGCCAAGAUGAUGCAACAUGGUGGCAAGCCAAACAUGAGGGGGAAGCCAAUCCCCGUGCUGGCCUAAUCCCGUCCAAACAGUUCCAGGAGAGGAGAUUCGCACUGCGGCGACCUGUUGCAUCUGUCCCAAUCCAGAGGGCAUCUAGCCGGCGAUCAUCGGGGUUCAGGAGAAGCUUCCGUCUCAGCAGGAGAGACAAGAAGACCAACAAGUCCAUGUACGAGUGCAAGAAGAGCGAGAUGUACGACAUGGCAGACGUGCCCACCUACGAGGAGGUCACCACCUACCGCAGGCUGAGCGGAGCUAAACAAAGGCUGGUGAUCUUAGUGGGACCCACCGGAGUCGGUUUGAACGAGCUUAAGAGGAAACUGCUGAUCUCUGACCCCCAGCACUUCAGCGUGACCAUCCCACACACCAGUCGGGCCAAGAGGAACCAGGAGAGCGACGGCGUGGAGUACCACUUCAUCUCCAAACAUCUCUUUGAGACGGAUAUCCACAACAACAAAUUCAUCGAGUAUGGCGAGUAUAAAGGGAAUUACUACGGGACAAGCCUGGACUCGAUACGCUCUGUCCUGUCCAAGAACAAAGUGUGCCUAUUGGAUGUCCAGCCUCAUACGCUAAAGCACCUGCGGACAGCGGAGUUCAAACCCUACGUCGUGUUCGUGAAGCCUCCAGCCAUCGAUAGACUGAGGGAGACCAGAAAGAGCGCCAAAGUCAUAUCAGGCAAAGACGACAAGGCAUCGGCUAAGUCGUUCACGGAGGAAGACUUUCAGGAGAUGGUGAGAACCGCCCAGAUGAUGGAGACUCAAUACAGUCAUCUGUUUGAGAAGGUCAUAGUCAACGAUGACCUUUCGGCGGCUUUCACCGAGCUUCGGUUGGCACUAAAGAAGGUAGAGACGGAGACUCAGUGGGUUCCGAUCAGCUGGACUCACUCCUGAGACCCACACAGACUGUAAAAAGGAGAAAAGGGAAGGGCUUUGAAGAAAUAUGCAGGUUUUUUAUCUUUUUAUGUCUGCUGUGGCUGGUGUCGGGGGGGAUAACGGGAAUAAAACAAGGCUGCCGGGUCGCCAUACCUGAGCUGGACAAAGUUAAAAAUGUGCUUUUGCCUGGAGUCAGGUUGAAUUUAGAUCUCAGCUGCGGUCUGGAUGUGGAUCUACAGGUCUGACCAGAUCUGACACUACUCUGGUUGAGGCUAAGGGCAUCUGUCCAGGAUAUGGCCCUUGGACAUUGAUCUGGGUCUUAGUCUGGGUCACAAGCUGGAGCUCUUUGGUCCAAACCAGAAUGUGGAACGAGCUUGGACCAUCAUAGCAGCAGCAGCCCUGCCAGCACAUCAACAACCCCGCCAACCAGAACUCUGUCUUUUAGUGUGUUUAUAACAUUAGACCAUUAGAAACCAAAGGGAUUUACAUAUUUUUUCUUGGUGGACAACUUACAUGCACGUGUCUGUAAAAGAACACAAGCUCUGAGGAGAAAAGAGGAGGAAAGAAAACAUAUUUGCCUUCUGUCUUACAAUAUUUCUGUGCUUCUGAAUCGCUUCCAAGACUGUUAACUCCAACAUCCAAACAAAACAUUGUCAGGUACACUCGAGAAAGGGCAAUAAGUGUAAUUUUAUUUAAAAGAAAUUAAUAUAUUUUCUAAUAUCUUCCACUUGGUUUUUUUGCAUACAUUUUUAUACAUAUCUUAACUUUCAGAGCAACCUGAUCUCAGCUGUAGCCAUCUCUCUGACAGAGUUUUCCACUAGAUGUGUCUCUUUUCACAGUCAACUGUUUUGAUUUCAUCACCCUAGUCUAGUUUUCCCCCUACAAAGCACAUAGAGAGCUAUUUUAUUUAGGUGUUAUAUAUUCCAUUUAGGAGCAUUUUGAAAAAGCCACCCUUCAUAUGAUGGUGCCCAGCAUAACAGCUUUGCCAUUUAAAGUCCCAGAACUAGACACUUUUGGCUGUCUUCAAGAAGAAAAUGUUCACAAUUGUGUUUUAUUAGGGUGGAGUCUUUAUUUUUAUUCACAUAAAAACAGCUUCAGCUAGGCUGCUAAUAUAGAGGGUCCAUAGCACACUUCCAGGAUUUAAAGUCAAGAGAAAAUGCUAAGUAGCCGCUCCUGAUUUUAUGAGCAUCGUGAGUUUAUUGCUUGUGUGUCCAAUUCCUGGUCUAACCUGCUCAUUUUUUACUGUCUUUUUUUGUCUUCUAUCAUAGUGGUGUUUAAUAUAGGUAAUUGAUUUUUAAAACAGCUAGUUAUUAAUCAUGAAUCCAUCAUUAUCAUUAACAUUAUUGCAACAGUUGUGUAUCACUGGUUUUCUGCUGCUAAUGUAGUGAACCAGAAUUAGAAAAGGACAUUGAUACCAUCUUCAUGGCUAUAUAUUGAGCUAAACCAGGGAAGUGAUUCACUUUGCUUAGCUUACAGUACAGAGAGAACUAGCCUGGUUCUGCCCAAAAUUCAAAAAUGUGUCUACUAGAACAUGUGAACGUAGUGGUUUUACAAACAUGUUUUUAUAUUUCUGUUUGUCUAUGGAUUCAAUAAAAGAUAUAAUGUUUUAUUUGCUGAAAUUAAGAAUGUAGGUAUGUGAACUUUGGAGUGAGUCAGGCUAGGUGUUUGUCUAAGCUAAGCUAAUCAUCUCCUGGCUAUAUUUUCAUACUUAAAGGGGAACUGCACUGAUUUUACUCUUCAGAGUCUGUUCAUGUUGGGGAAUAUUACUGCAUAUGUUGAAUAAGUCAGCAGUGGUUGGGUCCGAAGAGAGUUUGAAAAUAAAAAAAUCUGGGGGUGUGAAGUUAGAAAGAAGCCAGCUCCUCAGCUCUGCUUGAGGCUAGCAGCUCAAAGCUAUGUUAGCCGCUACUAGCAUAAAACACUCAAAACUUCUGACUUUUAGAAGUCAAGCUGCAUUGUGGGCAAUGCAGGCGUCAAAUUUUGUCAAGGAAGGGGAAUAUGUAGGAAAAAAAUGGAUUUUAAAUACAUGAAUGGAAUUUGAUGGAAGCAAAAUCUGGCUAGCUGAUUCCCCUGUUUUCCAGUCUUUGUGCGAAUUCAUGCUAACCGGCUGCUGUCAGUAGCUUUAUAUUAUUAAGUGUACAGAUGUUUUAGUGGUAUCAAUCUUCUCAUCUAACUCUUGACAAUAUAGUAAAUAAGCAUAUUUUGACAAAAUGUGAAAUUAGUCUCUUAACUCCGCUGCUUCUAGAUUUCAACAAUUGGCCACCUUAUAAAAUCAUCAAGUGAAUGAAUGUAGUCAUUCUCUCAUAUGUGUAUGUCCAGCUCAGGUUCCAUUGCCCAAAAUCUUUUUCUUUUCAUUUAUCUUACCUUAACCACCUGCAUAUAUGCUUAUAUUUGAUUUCUGUCCAUUUGAAAAAGGGUCGUACAAGGCUUUAUGUCAUUCAAUGAUAACACAUUGGUUAAAGGGACAUACUGUAAUCUCACCCCUAUACUUUGCCCUAUAUUUUUAUUGAGUUUAGUACCACAUUAUGUUCCCAUUUUAUAUGUUCCUUUACUUGUUUACCUUCAUAUCUUGCCUCUGCUAUCUCUUUUAUUGAUGAAACUCAGAUUUGUACAGUCGCCAGAGAAUAUUUUUAAUUUCUUGCUGUAAAUGAAAAGCUGUUUAUUAGUCAAGUUGUAUGAAUUUACAUAUUCUUGAUAACUGCUACAUUUUAUAUUAAAGAAAGUACAACUAAA